UUUCGACGUCAGCUACUUGAAGACGGCUAGAAUAGUCAAUCAGUACCCGGAAACUGAUACAAUUCGCCUGCGGCACUUAGUGUAGUAUUACAUAUUCUUAAUGAGGACGUCACGUGCCCUGCAAGUCGACUUAUUGAUAUUUUCAAGCGAGGUAACAGUUAGGAAGUAAUAGUUGUUUUGACUGCUCUCCAAGAUGGAUGACACUAUGGAAUCCUCACAGCGACAACCACUGCGAUCAAGCAGUCCUUCGCACAAGCGAACUCGCCGUAAUGGAACUGCGGUGAAGUUUACACUUGUUACAAUGGUCUUUCAACUUGUUCUGAUUGCCGUGUUUUCAGUUCUUGUUGAUUAUGGCGGCCACUCCCUCCCUCCUAAACCUGUGGCUGAACAAACUGAAGCCGCUGGAAGUAACAAGUCUGUGACGGGGCAGAAACGGCAAGAACCUCAGUCACCGAAUGAUAUUUCGAUUUAUUACCCAAUGUUCCAAGAUGUCCAUGUUAUGAUCUAAAUCGGUUUUGGUUUUCUGAUGACCUUCCUGAAGAAGUAUGGUUAUGGCUCUGUUGGGUACAAUUUCUUUAUUGCUGCCCUCGUCGCUCAGUGGAGUACAAUUAUAAAUGGUUUAUUCAAUCAGAUUUACUUGGACGGAAACGAUAAAAUCAAAGUUAGCAUGCAAACUCUAAUAGGAGCAGAGUUUGCUGCUGCUGCAGUCCUUAUCACUUUCGGAGCGGUCUUGGGGAAAGUGAGCCGUCUGCAACUGCUGGUCAUCGGUAUCUUGGAAGUGGUAUUCUACGGGAUCAACAAUUUGAUUGCUGUCAAAUAUCUGAAGUAUGCAGACGCAGGAGGGUCUAUAGUCAUUCACACCUUUGGCGCGUAUUUCGGCUUGGCUUUGUCACGCGUGUUGUACAGUAAGGAUUCGUUGGACAAUCCAAAAGAAGGAUCCGUCUAUCAAUCAGAUAUUUUUGCCAUGAUUGGUACUGUUUUCCUUUGGUUGUUUUGGCCUAGUUUCAACGCUGCUUUGCUGCCUCCGGAUUACGUCGCUCAGCAACGUUCCAUCAUCAACACGUAUUUCUCCCUGACUGCUGCUUGCGUAACCACGUUCGUUUUGUCUCCCGUCUUUCAUAGAGGUGGAGGAAAAUGGAGGCUUAGCAUGGUUCAUGUUCAAAACGCAACACUGGCUGGCGGAGUUGCCGUGGGAACAGCAUCCAACAUGGCAAUCAAUCCUUUUGGAGCUCUUCUGAUUGGUUCCUUAGCCGGAGCACUAAGCACUGUGGGAUACGUCUACAUGAGUCCAUUGCUGAUGAGUUUCACUAAAAUCCAUGACACCUGCGGUGUGAACAACUUGCAUGGAAUGCCGGGAAUCUUUGGUGGCAUUGCCGGCGCCAUUGUGGCCGCUGGUGCUGAUGCUCAGACAUACGGAUACGAAGGUCUAUUCAGUGUGUGGAGUGCGCGUGCGCCAAAGAUGAACUCGAGUGAAUACUGGGAGCUAAGGGAUAUGGGUGUCAAGUUUAAUGUGGGAGAUCAACGCACAGCCUCAGUCCAAGCUGGCUACCAGGUCGCUGGUCUCUUGGUUACGCUUGCCGUUGCUAUCAUAGGUGGAAUGGUAACUGGUUUUAUUGUGAAGAGGUCGUUCUGUGACACACCAACUCAGGAACAAAUGUAUGAUGAUGAUGAUUACUGGGAGAUCCCAGAUAGCGAUGUUGGACCAGUAGCUAAAGUAUAACAAAAAAGAACGAAUCUGUACCAGUUUUCACUCGUGGAUGUUUUGUUGCAUCCGCGACCCCCAAGAUCCAAGAUCGCAGCUAAUCUGUUGCUUUGCAAUUUUUUUUUAGCUUUUUUACAAAACUUUUUCAAACACCUCGACUUUCUACCUUGUGGGAUUGUCUUUAAAUCCUAUAAAUUACCUUGGCUUUGACAGCCUUGAAACACGAUGUCGCCCCACGUGGACGUUAGCGCAUGCGCAGACGUUUGGCCGCUGUGUUGCUUUAGUGAAAAUCGUGAAGGACGAUCCCAAUUCCUCUAUAGACAGUGUUAACUCGAGUUUCUCCGUAUUUAGGUAGCUCCGACGCGAUGGUAGAUUAAUACUUAAGCCCGCAAAGUAGUAAGUGAAUGGUAUAGGUAGGAAUCAGCUCUUUAGUUUACGGAAAUAUGCAUCUCAAGCCAUCUUUAAAUAUCCCAAUCAAAUUUGAUUAAAAUGUGAUAACAAGGGAACGUUGAAAAUGCAUGAAAGAAUAGUAGAAUGUUUAUUAUGUUUCCGCCAAUCAGAGUUAUUGAAAAAAGCUUGUAUAGUUCAUCAGUCUUGAAAUCAAAGGAAAUAAGACUGAUUUUGCAAAAACUACGUGACUGUGAUUACAAGAGAACGUUGAAAAUGCAUGGAGAAAAGUAAAAUGCUUAUUAGGUUUUCGUAAUCAAAAACUUGUAUAGUUUAUUAGUGUUGAAAUCAAAGGAAAUAAGACUGAUUUUACAAAAAUUACGUGAUUGUUGUAUAUAGACGUCCGAUACGACGUCAUGUAAGAAUGCAUGCAUGAAAGAAAAGUAAAAUUCUCGUUAGGUUUCUGUAAUCAAAGAAUGCUACCUCGUUCCUAGGGCGCUUUUCCCUUCAAAGAGGUGGGAAUCAGGGCUCGACACUAACUUUUCAACGUACUAGCCAAGUGGCUGGUGACAUCUUAGAUGCAACGACAAUGUCA